AUGUCCUUAGAUCAAACCACGAACCCACCAACCAUGGACUCAAAGACACGACACCCUCUCCACCAAAUCGCAGACACACCAACACACAAGCUUCUCCUAAAACAAUGGCUAAAAGAAGAAGAACUCAUCCUCAACCGCGUCUCCCACAAAGAAUCUCAAAUCGAUUCCGUUCGACGAGAGAUCACUCACCUCUACAUCUUCUUCUUCCUCUUCCACUCCAUUUCUCUCCUCCUCCUCUUCCACGCUUCCACCUCCACUUCAUCCACAUGUAAGAGAUCAUGGAUCCCUUCUCUCUGCUCCCUCGUGUCUUCUCUCGGGAUCAUUUGGGCCGUGCGGUACAAGUCUGAGGUUGAGUCGGUUCUUGAGAAGUUGUUGGAGAGGGAGAAAGAAGAUGCGAAGCUGUUGAGGAAGUGUGUUGAGGAGUUGAAGAAGAAAGGGGUUGAGUUUGAUUUGCUUAAGGAAGUGGACGCUCUUCGUAGAGCAAAGAGCUUGAGGGUUGAGUCUAAGGUUGUGAGGAAAUGGUCUGCUAAGGAUUUUGUGACGCUCUUUUUCUUCUCUGUUUCGUGUUUGGUUCUUGCUAUGAUUAGGCUUAUUCUCUGCGAUUAGAUUGUUAUGUUAUACUUUUUGCUUUAUCGUUCAGCAGAAAGUCUCUUGUUUCUGCAAUUUUUUUAGUGUUUUUUUUUUUAGUUUUCCAUUGAGAUAAUAAAUAAGAAAAGAACAUGUUUUGACAACAUGCUUAGAAAAUCAGACAACAGUUUUGCUCUGUUUUAAUGAACUAAAUAAAGACAUGAUCUGUUGUUCUUGUUCGUAUCAGAUUAUCAAUCUGUGAUCAAAAUUUUCAGGCACAUAUAUAUUUGUAUAUAUACUAAG